CACUUCCGCUACAUUUCCAAGAUGGCCGCCCCCACAUGUAAACAUGCGACCUGAUCUGCUCGCUAUCGGUGUUCCAGUUUAGCAGUUCUGUAGCAUGUAUUCACCCGGCCCAAUUGUGUGACACCGAGUGGUCCGAUAUUAACAUCCAGUGUGGGAUUGUUAACAUAUAGACAUCAGUUUGUGAGUUAUAACCGAACCAGAAAAGGGGCUAUCACUAGCGAGCUAACAGCUAACGUUAGCCAUGGAGCCGAGAGCCACGGAGCCGAAAGCCAAGGAGCCGAGAGCCAUGCCUGCACGGACCCUGUUCGUUAACUCCCUGCCGGCUUCAGCUACAAACGCACGGCUGGAGGAAAUAUUCUCAGAAAUCGGUCCGGUCAAGCAAUGCUUCGUGGUCACAGAGAAAGGCACAGUAAAAUGUCGGGGAUUUGGCUUUGUCACAUAUGCCAUGGAGGAAGAUGCACAGCGAGCAGUGAAAGAAGUCAAGCAAUACGACGGAAAGAAGGUUUCUGUAACAGUAGCGAAGAAGAAAAUCACAGACAAACGGAAAGCAGCAACUACAGAGCCAGCUGCAGCACCAACAGAAAAUGAGCAGAAAGCCAAAGGCUUCAGGAAAACCAAUCUGAAAUCUCGACUCAUCAUAAGGAACCUGAGUUUUAAGUGCUCAGAAGAUGACCUGACACAACUUUUUUCCGAGUUUGGAAAAGUUCUUGAGGCCAAAAUUCCCCUCAAACCAGAUGGGAAGAUGCGCGGAUUUGCCUUUGUCCUUUUUAAAAAUUUGUCUGAGGCAGGGAAAGCGCUUAAUGCCAUGAACCUGAAGGAGAUAAAAGGUCGACAGGUAGCAAUUGACUGGGCCGUGCCUAAGGACAAGUUUAUCGCCACGCAAUUGUCAUCAAGUGCAGGAAAUAAGAUUACAGAAGCAACUACAAAAGAGUCCGACACCAAGGGUGACACUGAAGACGAAGACGAAGAAAAGCCACAAGCACCACCCGAGAAGAAACGAGUCCAUUCCAAACCAUCUCUGCCACAGGUGGAAGAAUCCCAAUCAGAUGAUGAUGAUGAUGAUGGCGAGGAACAAGACAGUGAGGAGGAGGAAGAACAGGAGGAGGAGGAGGAUGAUGAAGAUGAAGAAGAAGACGAGAAAGAGGUUGAUGAUGUGUCCCAGGAAGAGGACGACGGCAGUGACGAUGAUAAGAGCAGCCUUGAUUCAAAUGAUGAUGAAGAUGAGGAUGAAGAGGAAGAUGAGGACCAAGAAGAAGAUGAAUCAGCUAAAAAGAAAGCCCCAAAGAAACUUCUCCCUUCAGAUGUGAAAGAGGGCAGAACAAUUUUCAUCAGGAACCUUUCCUUUGAUACAGAGGAAGAAGGUCUUGAGGAAGUCCUGCUAAAGUAUGGAGAGCUAAACUACAUUAAGGUUGUUAUCCACGCAGACACAGGACAUUCAAAAGGUUGUUCCUUUGCUCAGUUCAAGACUAAAGAGGCUGCAGAUAAAUGCUUAGCAGCAGCACAGGAUGAGGCAGAGAACGGAGGCAUCCGUCUCGAUGGCAGAAAGCUGUUGAUUGUGGCGGCAGUGAGCAGAGAGGAUGCUUCCAAGCUGAAAGUGGACAAGGUGAAAGUGGAAACUGGCACCAGGAACCUGUAUCUGGCCAGAGAGGGAUUGAUCCGUGCUGGAACCAAAGCUGCAGAGGGUGUACCUGAAGCAGACAUGACCAAAAGAACCAGAUUUGAAGAAGUAAAGAGGGCCAAGCUUCGGGGCUUAAAUGUGUUUGUGUCGAAGAAUCGUCUGUGUGUCCAUAACCUGCCCAAGUCGGUGGACAAUAAAAAACUCAAAGCACUCUGCCUCCAAGCAGUAAAAGGAGGCAAGGGAGUCCGCAUCACAGAGUGCCGGGUGAUGUAUGACAAGAAACCAGAGAAGGGUCAGGUGACGGGACAAUCAUUAGGUUAUGGCUUUGUCCAGUUCCAGGCCCAUGAACAUGCUCUCAGCACACUUCGUUACCUUAACAACAACCCUGACAUCUUUGGUUCACACAAGAGACCUAUCGUUGAGUUCUCACUGGAGGAUUCAAGGAAACUGAAAAUAAAAGAAUUGCGAGAACAAAAAUACAAGGAAAGGAAUGUGGCUUUUAAAAAAGGAACAAAACCUCAGCCCGAGACAGCCGAAGAUGGAAAAGGACCCAGGAAAGCUGUAAAUAAAGCACAAUCCUCAUCAGAGCAGACACAAAACAACGAAAGAGCUCCCGUCGAUAGCCAGAAGGAAGGCGGACGCUAUUUAGGCUUCCAGACCAAGCCUGAGGUCGAGCACGUAGAUUUGCAGAACGGAAAGAAACGAAAGAAGGUUCUAACCUUCCCCACCCAUCGGGGGCCUAAGAUCAGAUUGCGUGACAAAGGAAAGCAGCAGGCUCCGCCACCCAAGAAACCAAAGCCUGGAUCCAACAGGAAGGACCGUCAAAGACAACAGAUGGAAAAGCCCACACAGCGCAGCAACCAGGUUAAACCCACAAAGAAGAAUUUCAAGAGAAAGGGUGGGGACCGUUUUGACAGCCUGGUGGAGCAGUACAAGAAGAAACUGAUGGAUAACAGUUACAAGAGCACCAAUGUCAAAAGAAACAAGUGGUUUGAUAGUUAAUGCUAUGUGUGUGUGUGUGUGUUUGUGUGUAUGUGUCUGAGUGAGGGGGAGACAAUGUGUUUAAAUCUUAAAUGUUGAAGGCUACCACAACAAAGGUCCUCCACAAUCGACAUCUUGAGGUUUUAAAUACGUACAGUGGUUCUCAUAAAGUAGUUUUGUGUCAAAUUGUACAGUUAAUUACGCCACAUGUGUGAAACUGUACUGUGCCCGAACUUCCUUCAUCGUCUUCUUGCGUUAGUGUAUCCCUGCUUAAGUUUUUUACUAUAAAAACAAACUGAAUAAUUCUUGAACUUGGCUUUUUAUGAAAAUAUAUAAAGAAAACAUGAAUUAGUG